GAAAUCAGAUCGGCCUUGGACAUGUCCAGUAAAACAGGUGGGAAACGCCCUGCUACCACCAACAGCGACCUUUCCAACCACAGCAUGGUGUCCGAAGUCCCUCUGGAGCGGCCCAACCUCCGGGCCACUCGGGCAUCCCGCAAAGCCAUCGCCUUUGGCAAGCGCUCCCAUUCCAUGAAGCGGAACCUCAAUGCACCUGUCACCAAAGCGGGCUGGCUCUUCAAACAAGCCAGCUCUGGGGUAAAGCAAUGGAACAAGCGCUGGUUUGUCCUGGUAGACCGCUGCCUCUUCUACUACAAAGAUGAGAAGGAAGAGAGCAUCCUGGGCAGCAUCCCUCUCCUGAGCUUCCGGGUUGCAGCUGUGCAGCCCUCAGACAACAUUAGCCGGAAGCACACAUUUAAGGUGACCGUGUGCUGGGUAGACGAGGCCGGGGCCAGUUCCACGCACUGCCUCUCCCCACAGGCCGAGCACGCUGGAGUCCGCACCUACUUCUUCAGCGCCGAGAGCCCCGAGGAGCAGGAGGCCUGGAUCCAGGCCAUGGGGGAGGCUGCCCGGGUACAGAUCCCCCCAGCGCAGAAGUCGGGGCCCCAGCCUGUGCGACACAGCCAUGAGAAGCCAGACUCAGAGAACAUCCCACCCAGCAAACACCAUCACCAGCCACCUCACAACAGCCUCCCCAAGCCAGAGCCAGAGGCCAAGACGCGAGGGGAGGGGGACGGCCGAGGCUGUGAGAAGUCAGAGCGGAGGCCUGAGAGGCCCGAAGUCAAGAAAGAGCCUCUGGUGAAAGCCAAUGGCCUUCCAACCGGGCCCGAGCCAGCCUCGGAGCCUGGCAGCCCUUGCCCCGAGGGCCCCAGGAUCCCCGGAGGUGGGGAGCAGCCGGCCCAGCCUAAUGGCUGGCCAUACAGCUCCCCAAGUCGGCCAGGGAGCACAGCUUUUCCACCUCAGGAUGGGGAGAUUGGGGGGCACCGACGGAGCUUCCCACCACGUACUGACCCUGACAAAAUUGCCCAGCGCAAGAGUUCUAUGAACCAACUUCAGCAGUGGGUGAACCUGCGCCGGGGCAUGCCCCCGCCCGAAGACCUUCGGAGUCCCUCUAGGUUCUACCCUGUGUCCCGCCGGGUCCCCGAGUAUUACGGCCCCUACUCUUCCCAGUACCCUGAUGAUUACCAGUACUACCCACCCGGCGUGCGGCCGGACAGCAUCUGCUCCAUGCCGGCCUACGAUCGGAUCAGCCCACCCUGGGCUUUGGAGGACAAGCGCCACUCCUACCGCAAUGGGAGCGGCCCGGCCUACCCAAUGCGGGACUGGAAGGAGCCCGCCGGCUACGGGCGGCAGGAUGGCACCGUCUGGAUCCCCAGCCCCUCCCGGCAGCCAGUCUAUUACGAUGAGCUAGACGCCGCCUCCAGCUCCCUGCGCCGCAUGUCUCUGCAGCCCCGAUCCCACUCCGUGCCCCGCUCGCCCAGCCAGGGCUCCUACGGCCGGGCCCGCAUUUACUCCCCGGUCCGCUCUCCCAGUGCCCGUUUUGAGCGGCUGCCUCCUCGGAGCGAGGAUAUCUAUGCUGACCCCACCACCUACGUGAUGAGGCGUUCUGUCAGCUCCCCAAAGUAUGAUUACCUGGGAGACAGGCGGCCAGUCCCCGCAGGACUGUUCCCUUACAACUACCCACCAUCCCCCACGGUCCACGAUAAGAUGAUGAGUGAGAGCGAGACUCUCAUCAGUAUGGUGAAUCGCAUGGUGGAGAACUCCUCCCCCAGGGCCCAACUCUUCAUGCAAGUCCCUCCGUACCCAGAAGUGUUCCGGGACGGCCUCCACACCUACAAGUUAAACGAGCAAGACACGGAUAAGCUGCUGGGCAAGUUGUGUGAACAGAACAAGGUGGUGAGGGAGCAGGACCGGCUGGUGCAGCAGCUCCGGGCAGAGAAGGAGAGCCUGGAGAGUGCCUUGAUGGGGACCCACCAGGAGCUGGAGAUGUUUGGAAGCCAGCCCGCCUAUCCAGAGAAGCUGCUGCACAAGAAGGAGUCGCUGCAGAACCAACUCAUCAACAUUCGGGUGGAGCUGUCUCAGGCCACCACGGCACUGACCAACAGCACCAUGGAGUACGAGCACCUUGAGUCUGAGGUGUCGGCGCUGCAUGAUGAGCUGUGGGAACAGCUCAAUUUGGACAUCCAGAAUGAAGUGCUCAACCGGCAAAUCCAGAAGGAGAUCUGGAGGAUCCAGGACGUGAUGGAGGGGCUCAGGAAGAACAACCCCUCACGGGGCACCGACACGGCCAAGCACAGAGGAGGACUCAGCACCUCAGCAACCUACAGCUCCAACAGCCCAGCCAGCCCCCUCAGCUCUGCCAGCCUCACCAGCCCCCUGAGCCCUUUUUCACUGGUGUCUGGCUCUCAGGGGUCCCCCACCAAGCCGGGGUCCAAUGAGGAAUCCGGCCCACCUCGGCCUCCCCUCCCCAAAGCCUACGUCCCCCUGGAGUCUCCUCCCACCGUCCCUCCACUCCCUAGCGAGAACCGUUUCUGGCCAUACCCCAGCUCCCCUUCCUGGCACCGCAGUGGCGAUCCAGCCAGGGGUCAGCCCAAGACAAACUAUGCACAAAGCAAGAAAGAGUCCCACCAGCCUUCUCCCCUGGACCCGCCAAGAGACAUCAGCCUCACGCCCACCAGACAAGAGAUAGAGGCAGAGAAGCAGGCAGCUCUCAACAAAGUUGGCAUUGUGCCCCCUCGGACGAAGUCACCCACCGAUGAGGAGACGGCCCCGUCGGCGGUGGUGAGGAGGACUGCCAACGGGCUCACCAACGGACUCUCGUCCUCCCGGCAGGAGCGCCCCAAGAGUGCUGUGUUCCCCAGUGAGGGCAAGGUCAAGAUGAGCGUGGAGGAGCAGAUCGACCGGAUGCGGCGGCACCAGAGCGGCUCCAUGAAGGAGAAGCGAAGGAGCCUGCAGCUCCCAGCCAGCCCGGCCCCCGACCACAGCACCAGGCCAGCUUACAAAGUGGUGCGCCGUCACCGCAGCAUCCACGAGGUGGACAUCUCCAACCUGGAGGCGGCCCUGCGGGCAGAGGAGCCUGGUGGCCAGGCCUACGAGACCCCACGGGAGGAAAUUGCCCGACUCCGCAAGAUGGAGCUGGAGCCUCAGCACUACAAUGUAGACAUCAAUAAAGAGCUCUCCACUCCAGACAAAGUCCUGAUCCCUGAACGAUACAUUGACCUGGAACCUGACACUCCCCUGAGCCCUGAGGAGUUGAAGGAGAAGCAGAAGAAGGUGGAGAGGAUUAAGACACUCAUUGCCAAAUCCAGUAUGCAGAACGUGGUGCCCGUCGGCGAGGGGGACUCUGUGGACGUGCCCCAGGACUCAGAGAGCCAGCUGCAGGAGCAGGAGAAGCGGAUUGAAAUCUCCUGUGCCCUGGCCACCGAGGCCUCCCGCAGGGGCCGCAUGCUGUCUGUGCAAUGUGCCACCCCAAGCCCUCCCACCUCCCCUGCCUCCCCGACUCCACCGGCCAACCCCCUGUCGUCUGAAUGCCCGCGGGGCGCCGACAGCAGCCAUGCCAUGCGGGUCUGAGCUCUGACUGCAAGCCCUGGCCGAGGCCAAUGCUGCGAAGCUCCAGAGAGCCACGUUCUGAAGCACCCUCUGUCCACCUGACGGCCUGGCUCCCCACCUGCCCCCCUGCGCCUGCAACCCAGUGCGAAUUCUUCAGGGAGGCAGGCUGGGGGCCAGGGCUGCGGCCAGCAGAGGAGCAGAGCAUGGAUGAGGCUUUGCUGUCCACGCCCACCAUCCUCACCCUGAAGCCCUUGCUGUCCCGCCGGGGGGGCCCCGGCGGGGCCUGGGAUGGUCGGGCCCAGCAUCUCUGAUGUCCACCAUUGGGAGCCCAGAGCUGGCUCUGGCUGGCUCUGUGGUGGCCUUUUCUGGAGCAUCACCUGAUGGAGAGCAUGCUCUGGCGGGAGCAUGUCCUAGGCUAACUUAGGUGAGGACUAGAGAUGAAGGAGAUGGACCCUCUGCCUCUUGAAGCUCCACUGGACACCAAGGACAGCUGCCAUUAUUCCAUUGGCCCCAGCUGACCAGCUACACCCAGGCUUUGUCGCACUCUGUGGAUGGGGCUUCUUGGAGGCCGGUGGAGACCAGCCCUGCCUGAGCCAAAGACAAGAUGGGGAAGAGAUGGGGAGGGGCUCCUGGGGCCCCAGAGAGGUGGUGCUGGCUAGAGAGAGAGCAGCAAGUCUGUGCAGUGUUGGAGGGCAGGUUGGGAAGGGUGAGCGGGAAAGGAGAGGUUCCUAGAAAGUGGGGGUUACGAGAGAGGAGACUCACAAGUAAUGAGGCUGGAGGGAAAUGGAGAGGGGAGCCUGGCUUCCCCGUGGUGGAGCCUAGGUUAGUGGAAAACGUAGGGUCGGACGGUGGCCUGUGCACCUGCUCCUCGUCCCCAGAAACAGCCGGGCCCAGGCAGGCGCACCAGCAGAGCACGGCAUGGCUCGGCAGAGGCGCUCCAUGUGUGGGGCGGCGGGGAGCUGAGCGUGGAUCAGGGCCCCGUGUCUGCCUCUCCCGCCUGUCUUACAUAGGGCUGGCCAGCCUUGGGCCUUCCCUAGCCAGUUUCUUGCCCCCAUUCCUUCUAGAAAGCACUGUGGCCCAGCUGGGAGGUCUGUCAGGGAAGAGAGGAUGAAGCCUUAAUGUAAGAGGCCAGGACCCUCCCCUCAUCCCAGAUCAGGCUCCUACAAUCCACCUACCCACGAGGCAAAAAUGCAUGCCUCCUCUGUUCCACCCACCUGGAGCAAAUGUGGCCAGUGAGGACGGAGACGCUGAAGACCCCAGGCCGCCUGUGCGGGAGUGGCUGCCCAGAGACCUCAGUCCCCGCCGCAGCGCCCCAACGACAACCACUGCAUCUCCACCAGUUCCUCUCUACCCCUUCCUGGCUGGGGCAGUGGCUGGCUCAUAUGCAAGUAAAGAUGACAAUUCAU